GAGAGAGAGAGAGAAUGUGUUUGUGCGGCUGUGGAUUUGUGAGCCUCCUAAUAUAUAAACGCGCAUGUCUCGUGGCUUUUGAACGCGUCACUCGGAUGGAUGGAUGAACUCCAGUCAGCAUUAGUAGCGUCUCGGGGCUGCAGAACACACGGUCACGAUGCGGACGGUGGUGGGGUUGCUCUCUGUGAUUAUGCUGUAUGUGCUCCUGAAUGAUGCUACGGUGGAAAGCACUGCAGAAUUUGAUCCAUAUAAGGUUUUAGGAGUCACCAGAAGUGCAAGCCAAGCAGAAAUCAAGAAAGUCUACAAACGCCUGGCCAAAGAAUGGCAUCCUGAUAAAAACAAAAAUCCUGAAGCAGAAGACAUGUUCAUCAAGAUUACAAAGUCUUAUGAGAUCUUAACAAAUGAGGAGAAGAGAGCCAGUUACGAUCGCUAUGGACAAACAGAUGAUACUCAACCGUAUGGCCACCGUCAUCACGGAUUCCGGCACUUUCAUGACAACUUCUACUUCGACGAGUCUUUCUUCCACUUUCCCUUCAACAAUAAGGGAGGCCGGGACUUCGCUGACAGCAAGUACACGUUGCACUUCAACCAGUAUGUCAACGAAGUCGUUCCCGACAGCUUCAAGAGGCCUUACUUGAUCAAGAUAACCUCAGAUUGGUGCUUCAGCUGCAUACAUAUCGAGCCAGUCUGGAAAGAAACAGUGCAGGAGUUGGAAACUCUGGGAAUUGGGAUUGGUGUGGUUGAUGUCGGAUACGAGCGACGUUUAGCAAAUCACUUGGGCGCACAUCAGACUCCAUCCAUCCUUGGUGUCGUCAAUGGAAAAGUCUCUUUCUUUCAUUACGCUGUCGUCAAAGAACACUUGAUACAGUUUGUAGAUGACUUGCUGCCACAAAGACUAAUUGAAAAGGUUACAGAUAAGAACAACCACGAGUUUCUGAAGAGCUGGCAUGAGCUGAACAAGCCACAUGUACUCCUGUUUGACCAAGUGCCUUCUGUUCCUCUGCUUUAUAAGCUUACAGCGUUUGCCUUCAAGGAUUAUGUGCAGUUUGGAUAUGUAGAUCAAGGUCUUUCUGAGACUGCUGAGCUGCUCAGAAAGUUCAAUAUAAACACUUAUGCGCCGACCAUGCUGGUUUUCAAAGAGGACGUGGAGAAGCCUGCCGACAUAAUACAGGCUAAAGGGAUGAAGAAGCAGAUAAUAGACGAGUUCAUCUCCAACAACAAGUUCCUCCUGGCUCCUCGUCUGGUUAAUCAAAAGCUAUUCGACGAGCUUUGUCCUGUCAAACAGUUCCAUCGACGCAGGAAAUAUUGCAUUCUACUCAUCACUGGUGAAGACGAGUCCUACAUCCCUGGAAAUGAAGCCUUCCUCUUGCUAGCCUCUGCUAAUGCUAAUGACGUACUGCGGUUUGCAUACGUUUACCAUCGACGUCAACAGCCUCUAUGUGACAUUCUGCUAAAGGACAAAGAUGACACAGCACCACAGGUGGUGAUUUUAGAGAGGCGCAACGGGGCUGGAAAGAUUCUUUAUAAGCCGUUAUUGGGAGGAUGGAACGGCAGUAAGGAGGACAAACACAAACUCCUGGAGGAGCUGCAAAGACUGCAGAAAGAUCCCUCCAUCCUCAACUACAAUGCCAUCCUGCCAGAGCUCAACAAUGAGUUUGCUUCUAUGUUUUUAGUGAGAUGGAUUUACACGGCAUAUGAUUACUUGUCUGAAAUUAUCGACGACCUUCUUCAUAAUAACUGGCGUGAGAUGAUGCCCCUUCUGUCCUUGAUAUUCUCUGCACUCUUUAUUUUAUUUGGCACUGUAGUUAUUCAAGCUUUCAGUGACUCAAGUGAGGAAAAACAGCCCAAAAUGAAAGUGAAAGAGACAAAGAGCGAGAACGGUUCGCCAAACACCUCCAACGCAUCCAGCAGUCGGCCACCAAAGAAGAACUUUGUGGAGGUGACAGAGUUGACUGACAUCACUUAUACCAGUAACCUGGUGAAGCUGAGGCCGGGUCACAUUAAUGUAGUGCUGGUUCUUACUGAUGGCACCAAAAACAUCCUGCUCAGCAAGUUUGCCAAGGAGGUUUAUUCAUUCACCGGGAGUUUGACGCUCCACUUCUCCUUCCUGAAUGUGGAUAAACACAAAGAAUGGAUGGCAGCGGUGCUGGAAUUUGCCCAGGACGCCAUGCAGAUCGACACAGAUGAGGAUGAAAUGGGCACUCGUAAAGUCGACUACACUGGCUAUGUCCUAGCGCUCAAUGGCCAUAAGAAAUACCUGUGUCUCUUUAAGCCAGUCUACACGGGAGAAGACUUGGAUGGAAAAGCAGAAGAGGAAGGAGGAGUAUCGCGAUCCAGAAAAAGCACGACACGUUCUCGAUCCACAUCUCUUCAGAUCCACCACAAACUGGACCGACUCGGCCUAUGGAUGGAGCGGCUGAUGGAAGGGACUCUGCCCCGAUACUAUGUCCCAGCCUGGCCCGGUCUGGAUAAGAUCACCGUCAAUAAAUAAAGCCUCGCUGAAGCUAGCUUGCUAAUGCUGGAGCUAAUACUCAAAUUGGUUUAAAAGCACCAAAAGGCCUCGGCGAAUGCAGGCUUGUUGCCGCUCGGAGUGCAGAUGAUGGCGAGUGACUUUCGUUUAGCGUUAGAGGAAAGAAAAGUGGUUAAAAGUGCUUGAGUUCUACAUUGAAACCUUACAUAUUAAAACUAAAAUACAGUGGGGCAAAUAAAUAUUUACCACGUCA